AUGAUUCCUUUUUAAAAAUUAGCAUCUUUGGUAAUUCGUACAUUUUCAAAACCUUUGUCGAAUUAGAUUAAGCGAUAUGCAUUAAAUAAACACAGAUCUAGAAAGCCUUCAUUUAUAAAAGCUGCUUUUGUAUUAUUUGGAAAUUAAUACCAUAAUCUAGAAAAAUAUUUAAAUCGAAAAUCAAUUGGAAUGAAAAGUUAAGAAAUAUUUUUUAAGCCAUUGAGUGAUGAAGUAGCAUUAACUAAAGGUUAGACUUUAAUAAAUGUAGGUUCUGAUAAAUUUGCAGACAUAUUUGUUUAUGCUUGCAUUUUAGGAAUUCCUUUGAUAGAACUAUACAAAUCCUAAGCAGAUUCAGCAAAGAAGUCAUAAGAUUAAGACACUGCAUUAUUGCAAGUUUAAACUGUAAUUAUACAGACAAAAUAGAGUAAAUAAAUAUUUUGAAAGAGUAAAAUGAUAAAUUUUAAAUUCAAUAUAGCAGAAUUAUAGCAGAA